GGGGGUGCACUGGCUCGGUACUGGCAACCCUCCUCUAUGUAUCAUUCUCUCCUGCAGCAGGUAUAUCCAGUUUUUAGGACGCAGAAAAGACAACGAUAUAUCCACGUUUAAUGCUUCAAUUUACGUUCGCAUUUUGGCAGACAAUGCAAGAAUUAUACUGGAAAAGUUCCCUGAAAAAAAGAAGAAGCUGUAUUCUGCGAUGCGUCGAUGUAAUAUGUCGUGAUGAAAGGAAUAUGCUACCGGUAGCGAAAUUCUACGUAUAGAUAAAAAAUUAUUGAAAGUAUUAUGAGAUAUAGUAAAGUGGUACGAUAAAGUGGUACGAUGCUAAGCCCGACCCCUCCGAUCGAUCGUCCCAGUCUGCGUCCUGGCACAGGAUACCUCAUCGCACCGCGGGUGCCCCACGGACUUGCGACCGUCGUUGAAAGUCUCACGAGGGAGGUUCUGCGUCAUCGUCCUGAGGACAUAUAUGUCUUUGCAGCCCACCACUUUGAAAAGUUACUAAAGUUGCGGGAGGAUUAUCAUGCCGAAGAAUUCAGCGAUCGCGAGUUUAAUCAUGAAUUCGGUCGCGACUUUAAUCUGUGGCCCACCAAGGAGACCCGAAAUGUCUGGAAAACUUCGAACGGUGGAUUAUCCUUGGAGAGGGAGAUUGAAAUCUUCGAGAGGCGCGAGCAUGUGCUCGCUGAUGCGGAGGAGAGCCAAGAGGAUGUUUCCACCGACAGAGAAACUAGAAAAGCAUCGAGGCAGACGUGCUCAAAAGGUCCUGCGACUAUGAAGAAAACCUCGAAGAAAUCCAAAGACAAUGAGACAACGUCGGACGCUCGCGCGACGAGAAUUAUCUCGCAGAUGACCGCUCUUCACGGUCCUGGCAAGAAUAUUCAGACCAAAGAUAUCAAGCAGGAACUCAGAAAGAACAAACUGAGCGGCGAGAAGUCAAAAACUGAUAGUAUGGAAAAAGGGAUUCGAGGCGACAGGCGAUCUAAGACGAAGGUUUCCAAGACGGAUAAAAGUCUUACAGAGGAGGUCGAACGUACCACGACGACGGCAACGACGACGAGUUCGAGUAGAACCUCUGCACGGAGACUGCUGAAGAAGGUGCGUCGGAUCGAGACCGAGUCCGAGACUGAGACGGAACAUGAAGUCGCGACCAAGACACUGGAUAAUGGACACGUGAAAUCGGGUGUUAAAAAUGGCGGUUCGAGUCGCGAAGCGAUCACUCGGACCGGAAGCAGGGAGAGAAGACCGGAAGCACGACUCUCCGAACAUUCCUCUGAGAGGAAAGUAUCGUCGAGAGCUCUCAGCAUGGAUCGCAUCAGGGCGUACGUGUUACGCAAAUUCGCGAGCACUGCGAGCCUAGAGGUACUGCGAUCGCCUACGUAUGUAGAGCAGGUGCAGGAGGUGAUUGAUCGCGCGGCACCGAUCAUCAAGGAGAAGCUGGAAGAGAUCGGAAAGCCGAAGGGGAAGCGUUCGAAAUCGGUCGACCUCGCCUGGAAUGGGGAAUUAUUUUAUCGACACUUUCGAGAGGAAAGGAGACACAACGAAGAAAAAAGCGAAGAAGAAAGACAAAAAAGUGGGCUGGAGCGGAAGACCGAUAUUGUGAAGAAAGAGAAGAUGGAAUGUUCUUUCAGAAAGGAUGAAGCGAUUCUCUCGGAGAGAGAAGAGAAGAAAUCGAGGAGACGCAGCGCGGGAUCGGGCAAGAGAUCUAGAAGACGCGAGAGUGGUGACUUCGGAGUCGUCGAUCAAGUCGACGACAACUCGAAGCAUAAUAAUAAAUUAGAGCACGAAUCCGGUGCGACACGCGAUACUUUGGAAGCGAGACUGACCGCUACGCAAAACAUUCUAGAAGAUAUCUCGAAGUCGACGUCCGAAUUGGGCGGCACUCGCAAGAGCGAUGCUAUUGGAAGUGAGCUGUCGGAAUCGGAGAUCUCUGAUCACGUGAACGUCGUUUCCUUGCCAGUUGUGCGACCGCCGUCCUCCAGAAACUCCAGGAGCGCAACCAAGAACGGUUCGGACAGUCUGACGUUACCGCCCAUCUCACCGGAAGCUCCAAAAUCUACGAAGAAGAAGGAUGAGCUAUCCUUGCCUGUUCUGCCGACGGCAAACAACGGCAACCAUUCUGCUAGGAAGCAGGAACAGGAUAUCUCAAAGGAUGCGGAGGAGGCCUCGACGAUGCAUGACAUUACGAGUGACAUAGAAGACAUAGCGAUUCUUCCUGACAGUCACGAAGAUACGAUCGUAGAUGCGAAGCAGGAUUCUGGCAGAAAUCAUCAGGACUUGACAUCGGACGUAAAACCCAUUAAUGAAGAAGAGCGUGAGAGAGAUGAAAAUGUAGACGGAAUUUUUCGGGAAGAUGUUCCGGCAAAACUCGAUGAAAAAAGCGGAAGUCUCAAGGAAUUUGAGGAAUUGGAGGAAUUUGAGGAAUUGGAGGAAUUUAAGGAAUUGGAGGAAUUUGAGGAAUUGGAAGAAGAAAGGAGAUCGGAGCAGGUCUUUAGGGACAGUUUAAACGUUACACCGGAAGUAGCGAAUUUACCGCUAAAGUCAGGUUCACUAGAGCAUGAUGAAGACAAAAUUAAACUUCAAGAUGAUAAUGUGGAUCCAGCACGAGAGAAUACGUUUGAUAGGCUGAAAGAUAAAUUGAUUGAGAUCGAGAUGGCGGAACGCAGUAUUGAGAAAGCGUUGGCUUGCCAACAGGUCGCGACGUGUGACAUUGGCGAAAUGACGAGCCAAGCGGAAAAGUCGGUGACUGACGGGAAGAUAAAUGAAGCAAGAGAACCGACUAAUGAGGCGGAAGAGACGAUGAGUGAGACACGAAAGUCGAUAAACGCGGGAAAAAUACCGAUAAAUAAAGACGAUAAUGAAAGGAAAAAGAACAAUGAGGAUGAAAAACGAAAAUCAAUCAAUGGCAUAGAGGAGGUAGAAGAAACAGGAAUAUCAAAUAAAAGUAAAGAUUUAAAUGUUGAAGAAAAAUUAACAAAUAGAAAAAUUGACAAAGCAGAAAAAAUAGAAAGUGAUAUAAAAGAAUCGACUAAAGUAACCAAAAAUUCAGCAGAUAAAAAAGAAAUAUCGGAAAAUGGACUUAAAAAAAUGAAAAGCGAAAAUGAAACAAAACAAUUAAAAAAUAAAACAAAAGUAUCAAAGAAUGAAAUAGAAAAGGCUACUGACGAAACACAGGGAAUGAGGAAUACCACAACACAAGAGAACACGAUAAAAGUACAAGACGAGAGAUCGAUAAAUAAAACUGAAAAAUCGAUGAAGGAAAACUCGUCAAAUAGUGUAGAAGAAUUAGCAGUUAAGGUUCAUGUAAAAAAUUUGCAAUCUAUGAAUUCAAAAUCGUGUGACGGAAGUUCUCAGGUUACUGAACCAGUCGAAACAGACGGUGAUAAUACAACGACGUCGAAAGAGAAAGUUGAAAGUGCGGCGAAUGAAUUUUCCAAUAGUACGACUUCCGGAAAUACUACGAUUAAGAGCAAAAGCUUGGAUCUUCCAAAUGAGAACGGCAAAACGCAGAAAGCGCGAAAAAAACGCGAAACCGAGAAGUUAACGUUGAUAACGCCGCUCUCUUUAGAGCUCCCAUACUCUUAUGUUCUUAGCGAAGGUUCUCCUUGCGAAAUCCCUGAUUCCGUGACGACCGUGAUCAUCCCGGACAGGCCGUGUCUUUCUCCUGUUACUCUUGAAGACGAGAAUUAUCAGCUUGAAGCAAUGAAUCAAAAAAGGGAGUCAGUUACACGCUUCGAUAUGGCUAAAGAGAAUAAGGACAAAAGACAGGAAAAGGAUCAGCAUGGAUACAACAUGGAAGUUUUUGGGGAAUAUAUUCAACCAGCAACUCUUUUGCCCAUCGAUACUGAUUUUGUGCGAAAGGAAAGUGUGAAAGGAAUGAAACCAAGCCAGGACAUAGUGAUCGUUCAUCAGGAUUUGGACAAAAUUAGGGAAGAAGGUGAAGAAGAGGAUGAAAAAGUAGAUGACAAUCAAAAAGAGAUAGAAGAUCAUCAGGGAAAGAAAAAUGAUAAAGAGGCAGUGAAAGAGGAAAAAAUGAAAACGUUAGAAGACAUCGUGGAGCACGAGGAGAAUGACGAAACCAAUGUAAAGAUAAUUGAAUCCAAGAAUGUUGAAGAGAUUUCUUCUUCAGGCGGUUUUGAGGCUGAAUCCUUGCCUGAUGUCAAAGAUUUAGUAACUGUUGAUACUAGUUGGACAAACAAAGAAAAAGCAGAUGUCGCGGUAGAAUCCAAGAGUGCAUUGGAGAAUUCAUCGGAAGAGAGUGGAAGUACGCAGGAUACCCGUACGACCACGUCUAGCGAUGUGAAGGAGAGCACCGCGAGCAACCGAUCGAUUGAGAGUCCAAGUCCGGGCGGACCAGUUGUACCAGAACUAAAUCUGGACUCUCUUCAGGAUAAUACAGUGUCGUCUUUCAAGAUGACGGCAAACGGAACAGAGAAAGAAGACAAUGGUAGUCUUAGAGAGAGCGAUGCCACGACUUCCUUGGUCGAGCCGUUGACUUCGGAUGAGAGGUUAAUAAAUCGGCAGGCCAUGACUGAGCACGAAGAAGAAAUUGUCGCUGAGAAAGAGAAGGAUCUGCAGUCAGAGGUUCCAGAAGCUGAUCAAUUGUAUCGCGCUGAACACGCGGAGUACGAAUGGUUGGAGAAGGAUCCGUUAUCUGUGGAAAUUAACUUGGAAGACGAAGCGAAAUCUCAAGAGAAAUGUAUUGAUUUAAAGGCCUUAUCGGAAGACGCUGUGCAAGUCGAUCCGCUUUUGCAGGAGAAAGAGGAGGCAGAAGAGUUAGAAAGUGAAGAAGAGAUCGCGAGAGAAUUAAUAGGCUUGCUGGAUAAAGAUAUGCAACUUCGAGCUGAAGAAGAUACUAAAAAAGAAUCUAAAGAAAGCGAAGAAUCCGAGAAAAGCAAUAUAGACGUAGACGAUAAAUCUGAUCGGGCAUUGUCAGCAUCUAUGCAUUCAAUAUCAGUUGAACAAGGAGAUAGAGAACAUAAAGAUUCUUUAGAUAAAAUAGAUGAAAUAGCAAAGAUUGAAACGACUAGCGAAUUAUUAAGUAGCGUAGCAGAUAUUAGCCAAGAUAACAAGGAUAAAGAUAGUGAGCUAGUAGAUAAAGAAACUAGAAAAGUUGAACUCGAAACAGAAGAAGCGCAUGCAGUGAAUACGCAAAUUGCACCUUUAGCACAAUUUGAACAAGAUGAAUUAUUAGAAGGAAAUGGUAGAUCCGAGACAGUUGAAAAAAUUAUUAUUAAAAGUGAGCCUGAUAUUAUUACUGCGGAUAUUCAGAAAGAAUUUGAAGACAAAGAAACGAGUGUUGAGGAAGUUCUAAAGAAUCAAAGCAGUGAUGAUAAGAUUGAAGAACUGAAUAAAAAACAGGAAGAAAAUGAACAAGAAGAGUUGAAAAUUCAGGAAAAAUGCGAGCAAGAAAAAUCAUAUAAGGAAUGCGAGCAAGAAAAAUUAGAGGUUCAAGAAAAAAUCGAGCAAGAAAAAUUAGAAAUUCAAAGUGAAGAUAAUCAAGAAACCGUAAAGAUAGAAGAAAAAAUCAUAGAUGAAACAGUACCUGAAGAGAUAACAAACUCGAGGAAAGACUCGGUGAAUGAAUCGAUGAAAAACGAUGAGGGGAUUAAACCAAAUAAUGAAUCCAUCAUUGAUGUUGGGAUAGGAGAAGACGAAGAAAAUGAGAAGAAGAAGAAAAGUGAAGAUCUUUCAGAGAAAAUAGAAAGCGUCCACGGUCCAAUCACAAGUGCAAUAUCGGAACAAUCAACAGAAGACCAUUCUCGUUUCGAAUACUGGACCACGGGAACGAAAUCGUCGACCGUGGAAACUGUAAUCGAAGCUUUUGAUUCCAAUACGAGUACAGACGAGAAAAUAGAAAUUGUUGAUGCAUCAGAAGUCAUCGCGGACGAAUCACUUGUUCGGAAGAAAGACGAUUUCCAUUUAGCAGUUGUAAAAAUUCAAGCUUGUAUCCGAGGAUUUUUAGCGCGUCGCCGCAUACGAAGAGAUUUGAGCUCACAAUUUGUUUCUAAUAACGUUCCAUCAAUGCAGAAAACAGUUAUGAGCGAUCGUCUGGUGGUACCACAAGACACUUCAAGUCUGCGAGAAUCCAGACGUCUUCGACGAGAAGAAGCUCUGCGGAACACGACCCUCUCAUUAGAGAACGCUUUCGCGGCGGGUCGGCUUCAACAUACCGGCGAGUUUCACGAUUCUGUUAUACCGUUGCUUCCUUUUGAUCUGGUGAAUAAUACUAAACUAGUCACUUCGGACGAUUCUUCGGAUGAAAAAGUUGAUGUAGAAGAAGUUGAUUCACCUGAUAUUGCAAAAUCUAGCACCAACGAGAGUAAUCCCGUUCGCGACAGCGAAAAUGGGGCGAGUUUUCACAAAGGCAAUGCCUUUGUUGAUCCCACCUUUCCGAUCGUGAUGCACCUGCUGACGGACGCGUCUCACAAUCGCCACUUCACAGUCAGCCAAAAUUCCCAUUCCGACUUCAAUGCAAAUGUUGGAGGAGCGAAGCCCAUGGAACCGACUGUUGACAUCGUAAUGCUGGGCUAUCCAAGAAACGACGAAAAUCAAUAUCUGAACUUCAUAACCAGCGUCGAGGAUCUGGGCUCCAAUAUGAAUUCCUUGACUCUGGACGACGUGAUGAAGAGCGCGAAGAACCCUGACGACCUUCAUCCUUCGACGACUUCCGGCGACGGUAGCCUCAGGGAGCCCUUGGCCCUUCCGGGCUUUUCUCAGGGCGUCGUGAUCGAGGAGGUGACCAGCUUAGAUGAGCUCGUCACGUCGGAGUCAACGAAACCAUCGACCGCGCCGAAGACCUCGCUGGAUACAAAUAGCUCGAUGUCAUCCGAGGAAUGUGCUGUUGAGGAAGCAAAGAAUGAUUUAGGGAUGUCACCGAGGACUACGGAUGCAUCUGAAGAUCGGAAACAAGGAGCUGAAGGACAAGAGUCCAAUCGCAACCCUGAGAACAUCGGAGAGAGUGAUUUACGUAGCGGGGAUGCAAAUAAAAGAUCUAACGAGAUUUCUGGCGACCAUCGUGAACACGUGAAAGAAGAGAAGGACGAUAAGACGUGAGUCAUAUAUUCGUACGGGCUGAUAGCGAAGUGGAGCAGGAGUUGAAAGCUCGCAACGAUCGCAAUGAUCGAUCAAUUGGUUCCUACUUUAGGAUUAUCGUUUGAGUGCGAGACAAUGAUCGCUAUAUGAUUUCAUUGCACGUUAAAAUAUUUUUACGAGGGGCGCUUGCGUUUUUAUAUCAUUGCGUUUUACAUUAGUCUUAACUUGUAGGAUCCAGAGUGCCUGUUUUUUGAUUCGUUUAUGUAGAAACAAAUAGGUGAUGCGAGAAGGGUACCUCUCAGGAAUAGUACUCGUGUACACCCGCGAGACAAAUCAUGACACACAUAGCGCUCAUAGUCACUAGUUUAUAUACGAAGGAAAUGCAACGCGAUCUCUAGAGUCGCAAUUUUACUAGGCGAUACAGGCGAACAGUCUUUCCCCGCUUUUUGCAUAGUUUAAAAAUAAAUUGUAUAUCUUUGUAUAUGCAAAGAACAGUAAAUAAAUUGCAUAUAUAAGAUAACUUAA